GGGGGGGGGGAGAGCAUGUAGUCCUCGGAAAAAAGUGCUUCGGAGCCGGGAAAUGAAGCGAAGGAGGGAAUUUUCGACGGGAUCAAUAAAGGGAUAAAUAGAGCUCCGCUCCUUUUCCUCCACCAGAGAGAGACCGAGAGGAGCAGCGCUGCUCACCAACCCCCCCCGCCCCCUUUCCACCCCCCUUUCCCUUUCGCCUUCUCUUCUGCCCUCGGUCCUCCAGCUGAAAACUGAUUACAGGUUGCUUAUCGACUCCAGCACAAUUUCACCCCCUUCCAGCAUAGAUCUUGGAGGGUUUUAUAUCGCAUCAAUUAUUUAUCAUAUUUUAUAAAUCCAGCAGCACUACAAUUUUUUGCCCCCGAGGAGGGAGCGGGCGGCGAUUGGCGCCGCUGGAGCCACGUGCCCGCGCGUCACAUGGGCCGGGAGGAAAAAGGGCUCCUUUUUGGUGUAAAUCUGGACUCUAAUUCCGUAAUAUAUCACGGUACCUCGUAAAACCGACACUAAAACGUCCCGACCUACAAAUCACCCGGCCAAAUUAUGAGUUCAUUGUAUUAUGCGAAUGCUUUAUUUUCUAAAUAUCAAGCCGCAAGUUCGGUUUUCCCAUCCGGAGUCUUUCCCGAGCAAACUUCUUGCGCUUUCGCCUCCAACACCCAACGAGCUGGUUAUGGGGCCGGCUCCACGCCUCCCUUCGCCUCCUCCAUGCCCGGGCUGUACUCCAGCGGCAGCGCCGUGCACCCCCAACCCCCCGGCAUGUAUUCCUCGGGGUACGGCCUGGAGCCCGGCUCUUUCAAUAUGCACUGUUCCCCCUUUGAGCAAAACCUCUCCAUGAUGUGCCCGGGAGAUGCUUCUAAGCAAAACUGCAACAAAACGGACCAGAGGGAUUCAGAUUUGCAAAGCGACAGUAACUUCCGCAUCUACCCCUGGAUGAGGAGCACAGGCACGGACAGAAAACGCGGCCGACAGACCUACACGAGGCAGCAGGUUUUAGAGCUGGAAAAGGAGUUUCACUAUAACAGGUACCUGACCCGAAGGAGACGCAUUGAGAUCGCCCACGCUCUGUGUCUCACGGAGAGACAGAUCAAAAUCUGGUUCCAGAACAGGCGCAUGAAGUGGAAAAAAGAGAAUAAAACUGCCUGCUCCGGUUCCAGCAGCCAGGAAAAGGCAGACGUGGAGGACGACGAGGAGGAAUGAAAAGGACAAAAGGUGGAUCCAGGAAACGUGAAAGCUCACGGGAACAGAGAAAAAGAAAGGGGGAAAAACCACCCAGAAAAGACUGUAUACUAAAAUAGAUCGACGCUAAGUGCAUAAAUAAUUAAAAACUUAGGAAUGAUCCGUUGUGUUUCCUGACACUGACAAAAAAAAAAAUACUACCUAUAUCGAAGUCUUUUUUUUUGUACAAUAGAAUGAAUAUCUACCUAUUAAAUGUGGCUUUAGAGUCAGAAUAGACACAUUUUUUUCUAUGUGAGUCUUCCUAUAGUCCAAGUAAUUUGUAAAUCUCCGUUUGUACUUCGCUGUGUACUUUUUUGGUAUGAAGUAACGUGGUCGUGUUUAGCACCUUUAAUUUAGAAGAUGUGACCUGAAAAUCUGAAUGCAAAUGAUACUUAGCAUAUAUAGAAUCCUGUACAUAAUAGGAAUUAUUAUUACGCCUUCUCCCUGUAACCUCUGUGGUUCUUUCCACGUUGCAAGGCUGUUUUGUCUGUGUAUAUUUUUACCCGGAUUUCCUCCUUGUUGAAUCCCUGGGAGAGAAAAAAACAAAAAACAAAAGGAGUUAAUAUUGUGCUACGUAAACUGUUGUAUAUCGAAGUAGCAAAGUAUUUAAUGGCGACGUGUUGCUUUUGAUUUUUCCCUCGUCUGUGUUGAUUAUUCUUCGAAAUAAAAAGGAAAUCUCCAAUCUUCUCGAA